UCUUGAGCCUCGACCAUGUUCCUGGUUAACUCGUUCCUGAAGGGCGGUGGCGGCGGCGGCGGUGGCGGCGCCGGCGGGGGCCUGGGGAAUGUGCUUGGAGGCCUGAUCAGCGGCGCCGGUGGCGGCGGGGGAGGCGGCGGGGGCGGAGGGGGCCUGGGCAAUGUGAUCGGAGGCCUGAUCGGCGGUGGCGGUGGCGGUGGCGGCGGAGGAGGCGGCGGUGGUGGCGGAACGGCCAUGCGCAUCCUGGGCGGUGUCAUCAGCGCCAUCAGCGAGGCGGCUGCCCAGUACAAUCCAGAGCCCCCGCCCCCACGCACCCAUUACUCCAACAUUGAGGCCAAUGAGAGUGAAGAGGUCCGGCAGUUUCGGAGGCUUUUUGCCCAACUGGCCGGAGAUGACAUGGAGGUCAGCGCCACAGAACUCAUGAACAUCCUCAACAAGAUCGUAACGCGACAUCCGGAUCUGAAGACAGAUGGUUUUGGCAUUGACACAUGUCGCAGCAUGGUGGCUGUGAUGGACAGCGACACUACAGGCAAGCUGGGUUUUGAGGAAUUCAAGUACUUGUGGAACAACAUCAAAAAGUGGCAGGCCAUAUACAAGCAAUUUGACACAGACUGUUCUGGGACCAUCGGCAGUAGUGAACUCCCAGGGGCCUUUCAGGCAGCAGGAUUCCAACUGAAUGACCAUCUCUACAACAUGAUCAUCCGCCGCUACUCAGAUGAAGAAGGGAACAUGGAUUUUGACAACUUCAUCAGCUGCCUUGUCAGGCUAGAUGCCAUGUUCCGUGCCUUCAAAUCCCUGGACAAAGAUGGCAGUGGCCAGAUCCAAGUGAACAUCCAGGAGUGGCUACAGCUCACCAUGUACUCCUGAAUGGAUCCCUCCCUGCCUCUUCGUCAUCUCGCUAAGGCGUCGCCUGGACCCUUCUGGUCUCUCCCAGAGCUGAUCCUGCCUGCAGCCACAUCUUACUAAAUGCUGUUGAGACUCAU